CAUGGGGGGGUUGAGAAAUUAGAUAACCCCUUUAACAAAAAAAACAGUGGAAGGUCCUCUUUAAACGGGUUAGACGACCAGGGGAAAAAAGUGUUUGAGGUUGUUCACUUUCUCCUCCAAUCUCUGAAACAACAUAGACUGAUAUGUAAUGGCAUAAGAGACUUUAAACAAACCAUGGCUUCCAUAGUUUCUCACGAUGGCAGCUGCAUCCUCUACUGCGCAGGCUUUGAAAGUGCUCAGUGCAGAUACAAGACAGACAUUCUCAGCAGCUGCCGCCAUUUUGGGAGACAUGAUAUUGGUAAAGAAAGCCCACAACACAUUGCUGCGCGUCCUUCUCUUCCCUGCUGUUUCCUCCAGGCGUCCUCGUCCCGACGCCUCUGAAGUCUUGACCCAGCACCUCCUGCAGCGGGACCUACCACACUGGACUUCUUUUUGUGUCAAGUACAGCACUGUUAACAAUGACCAGUUUGGCUUAUCAAACUUCAACUGGGAAGUGAAUGGCACAAAUUACCAUAUCCUCCGAACGGGCUGUUUCCCAUUCAUUAAAUAUCACUGCUCCCGUGCUGCCCCCCAGGACCUGCAUCUUCACAACCACUUCUUUACCACACUAAAAGCCAUAAAUCUAGGGAUCCCCACUCUAAUGUAUGGCCUAGGAUCUUGGCUGUUUGCCCGAGUUACCGAGACGGUUCCUACCAGCUGUGGACCGGUGACCAUCUACUUUCUGAUCAAGGAGGACAAAGGAGCCAUGUUUUGAGAUCAGGACCAUCUUCUGCUAAGUGUGACUUAUCUCUCCUCCUAUCGUUACUGUCAUUCGAGUCAGUGUUGGCUCCUUAUGAAUAGCGCUUCUCAAAUCCAGGUUGCGUUCAGUCACUGUCUUAUAUAAUUUAUUGGUUACCAAUGGACCCGUAAGUAACUUUGGAUUAUAUUUGAACUGAAAGCAGGGAUUAAAUGAACCCUAAGAGAUGA